GUAAAGUGGCUGUGGCGCGACUGGUGCCUCAGGCAGAUACCUCGGGCGGGAGAUGGGCGCCUCAGGCAAGAACCCAGCCAGAUCUUCCAGGGUUCCUCCCCUGAAAUCCUUCCAGGAAGAAAGAAAGACAGAAAGAGGUUUAAAGUGAGAUUCAAAAACCAUCAACACUCCUCCUCAUCUUCUUUCUUGCUUCUCCCUUUCCUGCAGAUGGGCCAAGCAAUGCCAUCCCCGGAAAACGACGGCAUCUUUUAGUAUUAUUGAGCUCUGGUGGGGUUUGGCCCGCCUAUUCAUUGCUCCAUCCAACAAUAGCUUCUUCUAACAAAAACAACAGCAUCCUUCUUCACCCCGGGACUCUCUUCCACUGGCCCGUGGCUUUCCUUCUAACCUUCUCUGAAAACUCUUCUCUGCAUACUCAUUUCGUAGUGGUCAUCACGCCUUCUGUUAUCUGCUAUUCAAAGCCGACCUCACCACCCUCUCUUCCUUCUGGAUAACCACCGGCUCGUUGCUACCGGCGCCCUUCGACGCCGGUUUUUAGCUCGGCUCUCCAAGCGGGGGGAGAGCGAACAAAAGACCAACAUGGAGGCCCGGGCACUGCAAGGCUCCGGUAUGCGCCCAGCCAGUCUGACAUAGUUUGCCCGAAUUCGUAUUAACCAUACAUCACUCUCUGUACAGAGAAGCUGCAACAAGUAACGGAGCUCUUCGGCCUGCUCGAAAGGGACUUGAAGGACAAGUCCCUCAGCUCUUCUCGUAAGCCACCAAAGUCGCCUUGAAUCCGUUUCUUUGUCUGACCAAACCACACAGAUCGGGCGCAAAUACUUUUGCAGUUGAGACUUCAUGGCACUAAUCCGGAUAAUGCCGGCGCUAUAUAUUCGAAAAAGGUAAACUGACUUCUCUCACAACCAUUGUGAUUUGACUUCCCGCUGACAAGGUGCAGGGAAUGGAGGUCUUGGCCAAGUAUGGGGUUGAUGGUGACACUGUAGACAUACGGCGCGCUGCGUUGCGUUGCGUCGCAAAUGCGCUGCUGUUAGAUCCGAACAUGCGGCAACUUUUUGUUGAUACAGGCCACGGCGGCAAGCUUGCAGAAAUGCUCAAGGUAACCCAGAAGAUCUAUGCAUGAGUUGGAUGUUCUUCAUAAGCUGACCCGUCUAAGACCGAGUCAUCGGAAGAUGAAAUGGUAACCAGUCGCAUACUGUUUCUCUCCACCUACGACACUACAAUGGACUUUAAGAAGCUCAUAAACCAUCAUUCCCUGGGAGAGAAUGUCAAUUAUCAAAUCUUCCGUCAUGCCAAGCAGUUUCCCAAAUCCGGGAAAAAGCAUCUCUCGCAAAUGGAUGAGAUGGCUCUUAUCGACACCUUGAAGCUCAUUUUCAAUGUUUCCAAGCUGUAUCCGGACCUUGCUGCGGCCUUCGCCCCUUCAAUCCCCUACAUCUUCAAGAUCAUCAGCCGUAUAGACAUCCCUGCAAAGCCCUUGGAUGGUCUACUCAGCUACCUCCUCAACUGCCUGUCAACUCUCGAUCUAGAGAACAAGAAGGGCAAACCUUUCGAGAGCAGUCCUUUGUUUCCGACUUUUAACCAAAACUGCAACGUUGACAAACUGAUCAAUAUCCUGGACCAAGCAACAUCUCUGUACAGCCCUAGUGACCUCGAAACCAAGGCUAUCCCACUCCUCCACUCUUUGAUCACCAUCUACGACCUUGCACCGGAUGGGCCCCGUAAAUACAUGGAAUGGCUACUCUUGCCCGAGGAAAACGAUCGGAGCCGGCCUAUCGGACAAUCCGAUACACUGUCGUCCAAAUUGCUCAAGCUCUCUACCGCUCCCUACGCCAAUUUGAAAACUGCUAUUUGCGAGCUCAUGUUCACACUUUCUGGGAAGAAUGCCGAAAACCUUACGAAAAACAUUGGGUAUGGAUUUGCGGCAGGUCUGCUGGCAUCCCGCGGCAUGGAAAUCCCACAGACAGCAGGGGAAGCAUUCGCUGCUGAAGAUUUCGAUCCGGCACUCAACCCCAUAACUGGACAGAGGUGGGAUGCAGAAAAACAGGACACGGACCCGCCCAUGACUAGAGAGGAGAAGGAACGAGAAGCGGAAAGAUUGUUCGUUCUGUUUGAAAGGGCCAAAGCCAACGGUAUCCUUAACGUCGAGAAUCCAGUCACGCAAGCUUUACAUGAAGGGAGAUUGCAAGAACUAUCCGACUCAGACAGUGAUUAGAUGAUCAUCCUUCCUGGGCCUUGCGUAUGCCUCAAAUAAUGGUUUGAAGUGCCCUGUUUACACCAUUUGAAUAAUUCUUUUGCAAUUAUACUCACAUUUGAAUUUGAUGAGAAUCUAAUCAAAUUGGGCUGAAAAUGUUAAUCUCAUUUGCGGUAAUGUAUAUGAGCAACUACUAGCAACAGAAAGCUACCUGGAGUGUUUGCACUUAAUUAGAGCUCGAAUUCUCCUUCAUAGUCAACUCAUUUCAAUGUGAAAGGGCACCCAGAAUAAAUGGCACUUUGAGUGACCCACAUGGGAUAUAUUCUUCUGACCUUAAACUCAAUACUCCAUCACUUCUUCG